AUGGAUACCAAGACCAACAGUGGAUUUGUGCUUCUUUUUCUCCUCAUAUGCUUGUUUCUCACGUUCAAUAUCUGCCUUGGACGUGAUACAAUCUCUGCAAAUGAAUCCCUCUCCGGAGACGAAUCCAUUGUAUCCGCAGGUGGAGUUUUUGUGCUGGGAUUCUUCAAACCAGGUAAUUCUUCAAACUACUAUAUAGGCAUGUGGUACAAACAACUCACUUCCCAGACAAUUGUUUGGGUGGCAAAUAGAGACAAGCCAGUUUCAGAUAGAUUUUCUUCAGAGUUGAAAAUCUCUGGUGGAAAUUUAGUUCUUUUCAAUGAGUUCAAAAUCCCAAUUUGGUCCACUGACGUGAACUACAGCGGCUCUGCUUCUGUACAAGCAGUUCUUCAUGACAAUGGAAACCUCGUCUUAAACGAUGGAUCCAAUUCGUCAAUACCUUUAUGGCAAAGUUUUGAUCAUCCGGCUCACACAUGGCUACCUGGUAGUAAACUUUCUUAUAACAAAAUUACCAAAAAACACCAGCGUCUCACUUCAUGGAAGAGUUCCGAGGACCCUGCCCCGGGCCUCUUCUUUGUUGAGCUAAACAUAAGUGAUAACUCCUAUAACAUACUCUGGAAUUUGUCUAAGAGAUAUUGGACUAGUGGAUCUUGGAAUGGGACGACUUUUAGCGCGAUGCCUGAGAUGGUGCGCACUUAUAUCUUUGUUUUUGAGUUUGUUUCGAAUGAUAACGAAAUCUAUUUCACGUAUUCGAUUAACAAAACCUCUCCUACCCAAAUAUCUCGGACUGUGGUGGAUGUUUCUGGGCAGGUUAAGCAACUGAGUUGGAUGGCAACUAACGAAUGGAACUUGAUUUGGAACCAACCGAGAAAACAAUGCGAGGUUUAUGCUUUUUGCGGGGCAUAUGGAAGCUGCAAUGAGGACCCGUUACCCUCCUGUAGUUGUUUGACGGGGUUUAAGCCAAAGGUACAGAGUAAUUGGGAUUUGAAGGAUUAUUCUGAUGGGUGCUUCAGAAUUACAGAACUGCAAUGUGGAAACAACAGUGUUGCUAAUGGUGAGAGAUUUCAAUUUCUACCGAUAUUCAACAUGUCAUUGCCCGAUAAUCAACAGUCUGUGGGAGCAGGGAGUUUAGGAGAAUGCAAAGAAAGCUGCUUAACUAAGUGCUCUUGCACUGCUUAUGCCAAUGACAGCAAUGGUUGUUCAAUUUGGAUAGGAGAUCUCUUAAAUUUGAAGCAGCAGGCAGAUAAUGACAGGCAUCCUCUCUAUCUUCGAUUGACAGCUUCAGAAAAACGAUCUUCACGAAAUGCAAUGUUCUAUAUUGUCUUGUUUGGGAUUAUAGCUGUCAUGAUGAUACUCACUUGCACUGCUUGUUCAGUUUAUUACUGGAGAAGAAAAAAGGCGGUCAAUAAACAAGAACAGGUCCUAAGCUUAUAUUAUAGCGAAAAGCGUAUCAGAGACUUCAUGAAUUCAAGCCAAUUCAGAGAAGAAGAAAGGAAAGGCAUAGAAGUACCAUUUGUUGUUUUGGAAAGUAUACUAGCUGCUACAGAUAAUUUUUCAGAGGCAAAUAAACUUGGACAAGGAGGAUUUGGCCAUGUUUAUAAGGGUAGAUUUCCAGCAGGGCAAGAAAUUGCUAUAAAGAGGCUCUCAAGUGGUUCUGGACAAGGCUUACAAGAAUUUAAGAAUGAAGUUUUGUUGAUUGCUAAACUUCAACAUCGGAAUCUUGUUCGCCUUUUGGGCUAUUGUGUUGAAGGAGAUGAAAAAAUGCUGCUCUAUGAAUAUAUGCCCAACAAAAGCUUAGACUCUUUCCUAUUUGAUCGAAACAUAUGCAUAUUGCUGAACUGGGAGAUCCGUUUCCACAUCAUAUUGGGAAUUGCUAAAGGGCUUCUUUAUCUUCACCAUGAUUCAAGGUUGAGGAUUAUCCAUAGAGAUUUGAAAACUAGCAAUGUCUUACUUGAUGAAGAAAUGAACCCAAAAAUUUCAGACUUUGGCUUAGCAAAGAUUUUUGGAGGGAAACAGAUGGAGGCAAGCACAAACAGAGUAGUUGGGACGUAUGGUUAUAUGUCUCCAGAGUAUGCACUACAUGGGUUAUUCUCAAUCAAAUCUGACGUUUUUAGUUUCGGGGUCGUCAUACUUGAGAUCAUAAGUGGAAAAAGGAACACUGGAUUUUACCAAUCAGAAGAAGCUUCAAGUCUUUUAGAUUAUGCAUGGAAAUUAUGGAAAGAAAACAAGGCACUGGAUCUGAUGGACCCAACAUUGAGCGAGACAUGCAAUGAAAAUGAGUUCUUGAGGUGUUUCAAUGUAGGACUGUUGUGUGUACAAGACGAUCCAAAUGAUCGACCAACCAUGUCAAAUGUGCUCCUCAUGCUUGGAACUGAAAGUGCAAGUCUUCCAAGUCCAAAACAACCAGCCUUUGUUGUCAGAAGAUCUCGUUCUAGCAGAGCUUCUCCGGGUGAUAAACCAUCGUCGACAAACGGGCUAACCAAUACCUUAAACGAAGGCCGAUGACAAGUUAGACUCCGUUCAAGCAGGCUCCUUAGUCCUGCAGAUCAGAAGCUUUAGUACUUCAUCUGCUUCUUCUUCUAUACUUGUAAUCCGGAAUACGAUUAACGAUUUAGUUUCAAAUUAAUUUGAUGGCGCAUUUGUGCAUA